AUGGCCUCCCGUAGCGCGGGCACACUACUGACCGAAUUCAGGGUCUCCUUCGUGCCCCCCGCCCUCAUGCCCGGGUACAGUGGCCAUGUCCCCACUGUGGCUUCCUCCUUUGGCUCCCCUUAUGGCAACAUCACCUUCAAGUACUUCCAGGACCUUCGAAAUGCGGCCGCAGAGAGGAGCUGUGCUCUACUCAGUGGAGGCAGCUUUCCCACCAUCUUCUCUCCUAACCAGCACCUGGUGAUAAUGAAUAACGGAACACAGAGUUGGGAGCGCUGGCGACUCCUGCCCACCCUCACCCGACUCAACCAGGACAGCAGGCGGGCCUCUGAAAUCUACAACUUUUACGAGCUGGCACAGCAACAACGGCAGUAUUACCGGGACAAGACGGGCACCGAGAAUCCUGUUUCCUUCUUCAAACUGCCUGUGAAAGAGCCGAAGCGGUUCCCCCUGCCCACCCACCUGCCUCCUCUGAGUCCGAAGAGUAAGUGGCACCUUCUAAGAGUGGCUCCUGACUACACUAGGACCUCUCAGACCUUCCCAUCGGGGAAGAGGGUCUCCUCUCAAGAGCGGCAAAGGAGGAACCUUUACUUCGAGUUCAGAGCCUGA